UUGGCCGUACACCGAGUUACGUCAUUCAGCUAAAAGGGGUUUUACUGGAGAUUUCUUUCUGUCAGCGACACAUGUAGAGCAAGCGACUAACAGGAGCCAGUACACGCAAGACUAGAGGGCAGUCAAUGUAGUCCGUGUCGCAGCCUAAUCUUUUUUUCCCCUUCGCUUUAAAACAGGCCUACUCACGUCUUGUUUUUUUUUUUUUUGGUUUUUUUGUUGGGGGGAGGAGGAAAAUACAGCAUGCACAGAGCCGUAACUACAGUUUGCAAUGGACUCUUUUCGUUCCUCAGAAAACUGAUCAGUAAUGCAACAGUAAAACGGGACCGAUCCUUUGGAAAUACUAUCUGAUAACUCCAUUUGCUCUACUUCGUUUAUUGCCAGCAGUCACGGCGGGCGGCGUAUUUCCCAGCCGAAGUCCUGAGAUUCUUCAUUACAGAAGACUUGGAGGCCGUUUUUGACGCUCGACAGGCUCCUCUUUACUGUAGUUUUUGGACUGUUAUAGCCUGCCUUUUUUUCCCCUCUCUCUCUCUCUCUCCUUCUCGCUCUCAUUUAUAUAUAUAUUUAACCCGAUAAUAGGCAAACUGUUCGUGUUCACUUACCCUCACCCACCGAAUUCAACCAUUACUCUUAAAACGGACAAACGAGGGACAAUGGUGAAUCCUGGAGGAAGCACCCAGCCACCACCAGUAGGCACAGGUUCGCUUUCCUGGAAGCGGUGUGCAGGGUGCGGGGGGAAAAUCGCAGACCGAUUCCUCCUUUACGCCAUGGACAGCUACUGGCACAGCCGAUGCCUCAAGUGUUCGUGCUGCCAGGCCCAGCUGGGCGAAAUAGGCACAUCGUGUUACACAAAAAGCGGCAUGAUCCUCUGUAGAAAUGACUAUAUCAGAUUAUUUGGGAACAGUGGAGCAUGCAGUGCUUGCGGCCAGUCCAUUCCAGCCAGUGAAUUGGUGAUGAGAGCACAAGGCAAUGUGUACCAUCUCAAGUGUUUCACAUGUUCCACCUGCCGGAACCGGCUCGUCCCCGGGGACAGGUUCCACUACAUCAACGGCAGCCUGUUCUGUGAACACGACAGACCCACAGCACUCAUCAACGGCCAUUUGAGUUCACUGCAGACAAACUCACUACUGCCCGACCAGAAGGUGUGUUAGGCGGGAGCUGUGCUGGAAGCAGGAUGCGUGCCUUCAUUUUAGCCCUUACUCAUUGUCACCCAAGACAACGUGGAUCAGCACCCCAGCCUUUUAGCUAUGCUCCCAGACCCCCAAGCCUCCCGCCCCCCCACCCCAUCACCCAAGUUCACAGGAACCCUCCUCCAUCUGCAAUAUUCUGAUAUUAUAACAGCGACCCAUACGCAACUCUCAGCCUUCAAGUCUUGGCUUUCCCCAAAUAUGGGUGGACACUUGUAUCUGAGCUGGGACACAGAGGACUCCAUGACCAUGGAAUUAAAAAAAAAGAGAGACUGAUCAGCAUCCGAUGGACUCUUCGGGAAGACAAAACGAAAUAUCACAGAGGAUGAUCUGGGUGAAGUGAGGGAAAAGAAAAGACAAAUGAGGUUAAACGAAUGCAGUCUUUUCAAAUCUGCAUUCCUACAUUUGUUUAAAGACAUUUUUUGGGGAAACCAGGACCUUUUAAUUUUUCUCUGUUUGUUUUCUAUCUUAAUUUCCCUGAAACAUGGUGUUUCCACUUUCUAUAUUUUAAGUGUUGUAAAGGGGAAUGUGUUUCUUUUUCGGUGGUAUAUAUCGAAAAGUUGGGGUUUUAAAAAAAAAAAAAUCUGUGGCUUUUUGUGGAAAAACAAAUCAUGAACACUCUUGGUGUAUUUGUAAAACUACCAUGUAUGUACAGUAUGCAUGUAAAUGUCGUUGUCCAGGCUUGGCUACAGUACUACCCUCUACUCACAGCCCAAUCCUUACCCCAUCCCCUUAAAACCCGAACCCAUGGCAAACUAAAGAAAGAUGCUCAUAGUCAGUCAUGUAGAGAGUUUCACCUGCAUAUAAAUUCUGAAUGAAAGAGAAAUUUAUUUGUGAUAUUUUCCGAGACAUUUGCUCCAGUAUGGUGUAUUUAAUUAAUAAAAAAAAUAUUGAAGAUUUAAAUGCUUCCUCAAUUUCCUGGUGUCCUGCAUUACCAUUUAGCGUCAUAACCUAAGCACAUAGAUGGUAGUGGCAAUUAAAAUGCGCUUUUGAGCUUGGGUUUCUAUAUUUUAACAUUAUUUGUGCAAAGAAUUCUACUUCACGCAAUCAGAACUCCAUGUCCCUAUAGCAAUGUAAGUGUCCUUACUCUGUGGACAUUUUGUUUUUUGUUUUUUUUUCUCACAAUGUGGCACUUUAGAAAUUGUAUUAUCUUUGUCUCAAAAGAAUAACUGACACAUGAUAUCCUAUUAGCUAAGUGUCCAAAAAAAUAUCUUUCAUGCAAAGACCUGCUAUCAGUAUGUAACUAGUGUCUGCACUAAUAUUCAAUAUGCCGCAGAGUUAUCAUUCAGUUUCCAGUAUAGCAAUUAUCAAUGCUCAUGACUGGCGUCUAACUGAAUAUGGAUAAACAUGUAUCUUCUCUUUUCUGUUCAAAUGAGUGCUUGCUAUUCAUCACCCUAAUGCCUGACAGAAAUAGAGGAAAAUGUCCCUUUGAAGAUUCAAUUACUGCAGAGAGUGAGAGAGGUGUCUCUCUUUGGCGGGCACAAAUUGAAUGGGCUAUUUGCAGAAUAAAUUGGUGUUUGAAGUCAUUGCAAGACCUAAUAGGUCUGAAGGAGGAAGCUAGUGAUGGCUGGUGCACUUAUCUAUGGUGUCUGGGCUCCUCACAAGCCUGUUGGUGUCAUUGAAAUGAUGUUGGUCUGUAGGAUAUGGAUGGCUUAAAUGCAAAUUCAACCCCGAUGGUAAAUCCAAUAACAAAUAGACUUCCAUAUGUCUGAAAAUUGAAUUUGAUUAAAAAUCUUGCA